UAAGUGUUACGAAAAUAUAAAGAUAAUUUCAUUGUGAAUAUAAAAAAAUAAUAUAAUAAUAAGUUCUUACCUAUAUAAAAUAUGUAUACAUAUAAAUUAUUAAUUUUUAAUUUUAAUGGAGUCAUGUAUUUACAUAGAAUUUUCUUAAAAAAUAUUAUCUUAUUAUUUUAUCGAUUUGUGUCAAAUUUUGAAUCGUUCCAAGUUAGGACUGGCGAAAUUUAUUAAUUUAUAGAAAUUAUUAAUUUAUCGAGUAUUAAUUUAUAGAUGUUCUACUGUAUUACUUACUGCAAUUGCAAAAUGAAACAAUAUUAUAUUCUACUUCUUUUUAUGUAGACUAACACAUCAUAAGAACAAUAAAAUAAGAUUCGAAGAAGUUAUUGAACAUGGGUGAUUGAACAUAGCAUUUAUAACUUCAACUACAAGAGAAGAAGUAGAUCAUUGUUUGUGAUUUGUCAAAAGUGUGGUCCAGUUUUGACAACUUAUAUAGAUGAUGAGAUCUUUAUCAUACAUAUUACUAAUAACAACCUGGAUAUAUAUCCUGAUUAUCCACCAUUAAUAUAUGCAAAACCAUUGUGCUUUGUGCAUUUAGUUUACUUGGAUAAGCAUGGAUUAUAGUUUCAGUUUGUUAUUGUAAGAGUAUUGAUUAUAGAACAUCGUAGAUUAUGCUUUUAUCCAUAAUGUGCAAGAAACCAUAAAAUUGACAUUAAUCUUGUACGAUGUGACUGGAAAAACACUUCAGGAUGAAGAAGGCUAUGAUCAAACAGAUACAUGCAUGAAACCUGAAAUAACCAAAGGAAAAAUUGUCAAGAAUAAAAACAUAUAAGAGUGCAUUAACAGAGUAAUGACUUGAUCGAGAGAAUUUAUAAUCCAACUCACUCUAAUAUCGCAACUUGACCUUUACAAGAAAUAUUGGAACUAUAAUAUAUACCUUUGUUGCCGGAAAAUGUGGGGCAUGUACACUAGCUAGACUCGUUCUCAUAAACGUUAUUCCAAGUAAAGACUGUAUCUUUCUUUUUAGUACUACUUCUUGGUUGAUUGUAUCCAUGGAUCUUCCCCAUUUGCAUAUUCUGUCAGAGGUAAAUAACCAAAAAUAAAAAAGCAAGAAGAAUCUUAUCUCACGCACUACUCAAAUUUGGAGAUCAAAACCUUGUUGAGGCUGAAUAAUACAGUGCUAUUUCUAAGAACAUUUCAAGCAAAAACUUAUCAUCAGCAAAGUAUUCAAAUUACCUUGCGACAAAAGAAUCAGUUUCGUCAAGGUUUACAUUCAAUUAAAUAUACAUCAUUUCAACCAUAGCCAAUGGCACAACACUGCCUACAAUUAUCUGAAACCGAGAAUGUCUCUACAAGAUUGCACAUCAAAGGAGUAACAUGAAACCCUGGUGGUCACGGACAGUACCAUAACCGCUGAGAUUUUUCAAUACGAAUAAGCAAAUGCGCCUAACACGAUGAACCUAGCCACAAGUGAACAGGGCUGGAUCCAGAAAAAAUAUAGGUAUAUGGCACAAAUAAUUUUUUAUCAUACGAAAUAUCUAAUAUUAUAUUUUAGAAUGUGAUUAUGGCACAGUGUCGUUUUGAGCACACACACAAAAAAUUAGCUUUCAGACUUAAGUAUUAUUGAUUUUUAUUUUCAAAAUUUAUUUGUUAAUAUACUGGUAGUAUUGUUCAAGUGUGAUUUUCAUUCAAGGACCCAAUGUUUUAAUUAUUAUUUUGAUUUUUAGCUCAUUAUUUGUUAAGUGUAAUAUCUAUUUUAGAAUGUGAUUAUGGCACAGUGUCGUUUUGAGCACACACACAAAAAUUAGCUUUCAGACUUAAGUAUUAUUGAUUUUUAUUUUCAAAAGUUAUUUGUUAAUAUACUGGUAGUAUUGUUCAAGUGUGAUUUUCAUUCAAGGACCCAAUGUUUUAAUUAUUAUUUUGAUUUUUAGCUCAUUAUUUGCUAAGUGUAAUAUCUAUUUCUUUUAUAAGCGAUUUAUAAUUUCUAUUUUUUGGUGGCCUUUAUAGAAAAUCCUAAAUAGUAAUUGGAUUAAAAAAUAUAGACGUAUAAUAUACAAAUUACACUCGGUCAUCAAGAAAAUUAAUCACACAAUAACUACGCUACAACUUACAAAGGAGUAGAAAGGGAAAUGGUGUAAUAAAAGGAGUAGAAAGGGAAAUGAGAUAUUUUGAGUAACAAAUAGACAUGGAAAAUAAAUAAAAAAAUGAAAAAGUUAAAAUGAAAAAAAGAAGGUGCAGAGAACAUCCAAACCAUUACCAUAAAAAUAUCAAUCAAUUACUUUUUGUAACAUUACAUGAGGCACACGAUCUAUAGAAAAUUUAACAAGUAAAUCAAUAAAACAUCAACCAAUAGAAAUUUUUCUAAAAUAGUAUGGGGCACGUGCCCCACCUACUUUGGCCGUAGAUCCGCCCUUGCAAGUGAAGUUAUAGAGGAGAGGAGAAACCUCUUGGUGAUAGAUAACCCUAUUUGUGAGAUAUAUUUUUCUAAUUAUUGGUGUCACUAAGAAGAUAUUCCCACGGUUCCACAAAAAUAAAAAUUUUGAGAUUCGUUUUACAAUAGUGCAAGUAUUAUGUUUGUAAUGUAAUUUUUAACCUGUUUACUUUUUUUAUUCAUGUUGAUUAAGACAAUUACUAUUCAAGUAAAUUAAAAAAAUUCGAAACUUAACUAGGAUUAAAUAGAGUUAUUAUUUUUUAUUUUUAUUUUUGAAAAGGAGAGAGUUAUUUUUAGUAUUGUAAAUUUAUUCUAAAAAUGUGUGUAAAGUUCAAAAAUUUAUAUUUUGGAACAGAGAGAGAAUAAAUAGAAAGCAUAAAAUUAAAUAAUUAAAAUGAAAUACUUUUAAUAUAAUUAUUCAUUAAUUAAGAAAAUAAAACAUAAAAUUAAAUAAUUAAAAUCAAACACACGUGCGUGUAUAUAAAUCAAAACCCUCAAGCCAAGGAUACCCUAAAGCGUUGUUAGCGUAGAAGUUUGAGAGGAAAAAUAUGUUUGAACCGCUUUCAUUAUUUGUCGGCUCAAUUCAUGUUAGGUUUCAUGUUGGAGAUGUGAUUUUGAUACUGCUAGAACAAGGGAUUCCAGUACUGUUAGAACAAGUAUCCCGAAGAUUCCCAAAGAAAAUAACCAAAAGAAUAGAAGUAGAAGACAAGAUCAGUGGUCUGCCUGACGAUUUGCUCGUGCAAAUAUUGUUGCUUGUCCCAACAAAAGAUGCAGUAGCUACCAUGAUUUUAUCAAAACGAUGGAGGUAUAUUUGGACGAUGGUGCCAAAGCUUGACUAUCUGAAUGAUGGUAUUCACAAAGUAGGUUUCCUUGAUUUUUUAUUCGGAGAUAGAGAUAGUUAUCAACGGUGGUUUUUACGGUUUAUUGAUGAGUCAUUGCGAGUCCACAAGGCACCUGUAUUAGAAAAAUUAGCUAUAGGACUCGGUCCAAGAUGCCCUGUUGAUGUAAAUGUUGACGUUGGAAAGUGGAUUGAAAAAGCAGUUAACAGAAAGGUGCGUGAGAUAGAGUUCAUACUCAGGUGGUCUGCCGAGCAUACUAGCUUGCCUAAGAUCCUUUACACAUGCGAUACACUCGUGUUUUUAAGUCUUUCCGAGAAGAUUCUCGUGGAUGUUCCUUCCCUGGCUUGCCUCCCAUCCCUGGAAGAUCUUGAACUUCACUCUGUGGUUUACAAAGAUGAAGAUUCUCUUGCUCGGCUUUUAUCAAGUUGUCCUAAUCUCAAUUAUUUGAGUGUAGAACGACGUGAUCUCCAAGACAACGUGAAACUUUUCAAUAUAAAAGCUCCAUUAUUAGAAAGCUUAUCGUAUGAUUAUGUGGAGUUAAGAUCACACAACGAAGGCAAUAUUGGUGGGGGGACUUUGGUUAUAGAUUGUCCCGCUUUAAAGGAAAUCUCCAUCGCUGAUUACUCGGGGGACUCUUGCUUCGUUGAGAACAACCCUCACCUUGACAAGGCAUUUAUCAGCGGUUUUUGUAACCCUGAUGACAAGUUUGUGGCAUGUCUUUCCUCAGUCAUAGAUCUCGAGUUAGUUUUGAACUUUGCAACGUUUGCGUGGUUUAACACUGUUAACUUCUAUCAGCUUCUGGAAUGUAAGAUAAAAAUUGUGGACGAGGUAGACUGGUUAGAACCACUAAUGUUUUUACUUCAAAAUUCUCCCAAUCUAAAAGUUCUUUCCAUCUACAAGACAUUCAUUCGAAAUGCGGAGGAGUUGCCACUUUCAUGGAACCAACCGAGUUCUGUUCCUGAAUGUUUGGCAACCCAUCUAGAGAUCUUUGAAUGGAAUGAAUAUGGAGGAAGAAACGAAGAGAAAGAAUUGGUAAGAUACAUCUUUGCCAACUCUAACUUUUUAAAGAGAGCUGGAUUCUCCUUGAAAUCAACCAGCAAAAAUAAGAAGAAGAUGAUAGAAUUAGAAUCUAUGUCUAGGAUUUCAUCAUCAUCCCAGCUUAUCUUCUCCACUCAAUUAGAAUAUCUGUGCGUUUUAUAUGAAAAGAAGUAACUAGUCUCAUGUGUGUACAACUAAUGAACAAGAUGUAUUUCAGUAUCAAAACACAGAAGAUUAUGAUUCAAAUCCA